AUGCUUUGUCGUGAUAAAGAUGGCUGGGGACCUUGGAGACCAGAUUUGCCAAAUCAACAGUUUCCGGAUUUCACAGAUUGUUUUGAAGAAGGAGUUAUAUUGACAUCCGUCAAUUUAUUGUUAAUCGUACUUGGCUUUUAUGAGAUUCGUCGAUACUCAAAGAAACAUGCUGUUCUUCCACUUCACGCUUUAAAUAAUUGGCAUAAUAUUGCAAUAACUAUAACUUUAUAUUUGCUGAUUGCCUUAAGUAUAAUAAACUUUGUUUCUACAUUGUGGAGUGACUGGCAACUUUUAAAUAUAAUGGUUAUUUCAUCUUUUAUUAAUUUAUUCACAAUGUUCGUCGCGUAUUCAGUUUAUAAAAAAUCUUAUACGCAUAGUCACGUUUCUUCACCAGUAUUAUUGUUAUACUGGCUCUUCUAUUUGAUUGCACAUAUUCUUAAAUUGCGCACUUUAGUUUUAAUGGGAUAUGCAUCAAAACCAUUUUAUUUUUUCACCACUUUAUUUUCUACAAUAUUGGUUUUGGUUGUAUUUGUGCUAGAGUUACUUCCUAAACCACAAAGUGAUUACGAACUUAUUAAUGGAGAUGACAAUCUUAACUGCCCGGAAGAAUCGGCAAAUAUAUUCUCAAGAUCUACGUUUUAUUGGAUGACACCUCUUAUGAAGCUUGGGCAUCAAAAAUUUCUUACUAUGGACGAUCUAUGGAAUUUGGAUCCUCAAUAUCGAUCGAAAAAAAUAUCGGAAGAUUUUGACGUUGCAUGGAAUAAAGAAUUAAAGAAAAAAAAUCCAUCAUUGUUAAGAGCAAUUACCUUAACAUUUGGAGGUCAAUUUGCUUUUGCUGCUGCAUUUAAAGCUGUACAAGACAUUUUGAAUUUUGUUCAACCACAACUUUUGGGAGAACUCAUGGAAUUUGUAAAUAGUCAGAGAGAUAGAGAAACAAGUCAACCUGCUUAUAGAGGCUAUUGUAUUGCUAUAUUAAUGUUUGUUACAGCAGUGAUUCAGACUAUGUUCUUACAUCAAUAUUUCCAAUUAUGCUUUAUUUCUGGAAUGAGGGUAAAAGCAGCAUUGGUUACAGCAAUAUAUCAAAAGGCAUUCAAAUUAUCUAAUACUUCAAGACAAAAAUCAACUGUGGGAGAAAUUGUAAAUCAUAUGAGUGUUGAUGCACAAAAAUUAAUGGAUUUAUUUACCUAUUUACAUAUAGCAUGGUCAGGCCCAUUACAGAUAAUACUCGCACUGUAUUUUCUGCAUCAAACAAUGGGUGUUAGUACAUAUGCUGGUGUGGGUAUUAUGAUUAUGAUGGUUCCGGUCAAUGCAUAUUUAGCUAAUAAAAUGAAAAUACUACAAAAGAAACAAAUGAAAAAUAAAGAUGAGAGAAUUAAAUUGAUGAACGAAAUCUUGAAUGGAAUUAAAGUAAUCAAACUUUAUGCUUGGGAACAAGCUUUCCUGAAAAAGAUUUCUUAUGUAAGAAAUGAUUUAGAAUUAAAGACGUUAAAAAGGCUUGGAUAUUUAUAUGCUGUACAAAGUUUUACUUGGACUUCAACACCUUUCCUGGUAUCAUUUGCAACUUUUGCGGUUUAUGUGUUGAUAUCUAAUUCUCCAUUAACUGUACAAGUUGUUUUCGUGGCAAUCCCACUUUUCAAUCUAUUACAAUUUCCAUUAGCAGUUUUUCCAAGUGUUAUAACAUCAAUAAUUGAAGCAAGUGUAGCAUUGAGAAGAGUUGAAGAAUACUUAACUUCAGAAGAAUUGGAUCCCAAAGCUGUUAUAAGGCAAGGUUAUUAUGAUACUGAAGAUGAAAGAAGUGAAUUAGUUUCCGUUAAAAAUGGAACAUUUGGAUGGGGUAACUCAGGUGAAGCUGUAUUAGAGGAUAUUAAUUUAAGUGUAAAAAAGGGAGAGUUGGUUGCUAUUGUUGGAAAAGUUGGUGCAGGAAAGUCUUCUUUGUUAUCAUCUUUAUUGGGUGAAAUGGAAAAAAUUGGAGGAGAAGUUAUUGUUAAAGGUCAUGUUGCUUAUGUACAUCAAACACCAUGGAUUAUGAAUGCUACUUUACGAGAUAAUAUUACAUUUGGAUAUGAGUAUAAGCCUGAAUUAUAUGAUGAAAUCAUUGAAGCAUGCGCUUUAAAGCCUGAUAUAGCCAUUCUUCCAGGUGGUGACUUAACAGAGAUUGGAGAGAAAGGAAUUAAUUUAUCUGGAGGACAGAAAGCAAGGGUUGCUUUGGCUCGAGCUGUUUAUGCCAGAGCUGAUGUAUAUUUGUUUGACGAUACAUUAUCUGCUGUUGAUGCUCAUGUUGGAAAGCAUAUUUUUGAUAAGGUGGUUGGUUCAAACGGUAUCUUACGUACAAAGGCUCGUAUAUUUGUUACGCAUGGAAUCCAUUAUCUCUCAAAAACAGAUUCCGUAGUAAUGAUGCGAGAUGGAAAAAUUAUAGAACAAGGACAUUUUGAUUCAUUAAUGAAACUUAAAUCUGAAUUGUUUAAUCUGAUUGAUGAAUUUGGACAACAAGAAGAAUCAAAUAAUUUAUUAGAUGAUGAAACAACAGAUGAACCAGAAGAAUUAAUGCCAUUAGCUUAUGAGACUGAUGAAGUGGCUACUGAUCAAAGAUCAGAAGAAACUGUGAGUCAACUAAGAGAAAGAAGAGUUAGUGUUCCAAGUAUACAUAGGCGUGCUAGUACAGCUACAGUGAAAAAUGAGAGCAAACGAGAACAACAAAAAAAUGAAUUAAUUACUAAAGAGGAAAUGGCUAAAGGGAGUGUGUCAUGGCAAGUUUAUUCAUCCUAUUUAAAGAGUUGUGGUGUUGUUACGAUAACGUUUUGGAUAAUCACGUUAGUUAUAUCUCAAGGAAUUCAAGUUGCUACGAACGUAUUUCUUAAGUAUUGGAGUUCUGAAGAGAGCAAUGAGAGAAUUCUAUUAUAUUUUGUUAUAUAUGGUUUAUUAGGUCUGUUGUUUUCACUAAUGGUAAUAUUUCAAACUAUUGUACUUUGGGUAUUUUGCGCUAUUCGAGCAGCACGGAAGUUGCAUCAUCAAAUGUUGGAUGGAGUAAUAAGAUCGCCAAUGUCAUUCUUUGAUACAACACCUUUGGGAAGAAUAUUAAAUAGAUUUAGUAAGGAUAUAUACACAAUAGAUGAGUUACUCCCACGUAUAUUUGCAGGAUAUUUUAGAACCUUUUUUGUAGUUUUAUCCACAAUUUUUGUUAUUUCGUUUUCAACACCAUUAUUUAUUAUUUUGAUUAUUCCAAUGAAAUUAAAACGAUUAGAUUCGGUCACAAGAUCACCAAUUUAUGCACAUUUCCAAGAAACUUUAGGAGGAUUAACAACAAUAAGAGCAUUUCAACAGAUGAAUAGAUUUAUCAGGGAUAAUGAAACUAAGUUGGAUGUAAAUCAAAAAGCCUACUUUCCAUCUUUUUCAUCUAAUAGAUGGUUGGCCGUAAGAUUAGAAUUUUUAGGAUCUAUUAUUAUUUUUGGGGCAGCAAUUUUUUCAGUUAUUUCAGUUCUUACAACUGGUAAUAUUGAUGCCGGACUUGUGGGAUUAUCAGUGUCUUAUGCUCUUAGUGUUACCCAAGCUUUGAAUUGGGCUGUAAGACAAUUCUGUGAAAUUGAAACAAAUAUUGUUUCCGUAGAACGAGUUAAAGAGUACAUUGACUUGCCAAGUGAAGCGCCCGUUGUUAUACAAGAUAAUAGACCAGAUCCAACAUGGCCACAAAAUGGGCUAAUUGAAUAUCAAAAUUAUUCUACGAGAUAUCGUCAAGGACUUGAAUUGGUUUUAAAAGGCGUUUCAUUUGUUAUUAAUCCCAGAGAAAAAGUUGGUAUAGUUGGAAGAACUGGUGCAGGAAAAUCAAGCUUAACAUUAAGUUUAUUUAGAUUAAUUGAAGCUGUAGAUGGUGCCAUUUUAAUGGAUGGAGUUGAUAUUUCUAAGAUUGGAUUAUAUGAUUUGAGAUCCAGACUUACAAUUAUACCACAAGAUCCAAUCCUAUUUGAAGGAACCGUUGAAUUUAAUCUUGAUCCAUUCGAAACACAUGAUGAAGUUGAAAUUUGGCAAGCAUUACAAAGCGCACAUUUGAAAGAUUAUAUUUCAAAAUUGGAAGGUAAAUUACAUGCAAAAAUAUUAGAAGGUGGUGAUAAUUUCAGUCAAGGACAAAGACAAUUAUUAUGUUUGGCCAGAGCUUUAUUAAGGAGAUCAAAUAUUAUUGUAUUGGACGAAGCUACUGCAUGUGUUGACGUAGAAACAGAUUUCCAAAUUCAGAAUACAAUACGAAAUGAAUUCAAUUGGGCUACUUUACUUUGCAUUGCUCACCGUUUAAGAACUAUAAUCGAUUAUGAUAGGGUCUUAGUUCUUGAUGAAGGGAAUGUCGUGGAAUUCGAUACACCAUAUAACUUAUUACAAAAUCCAAACAGUUUAUUCUACAAAUUAUGUGAGCAAAGUAAUGAAUUUGAUUAUUUAAAAGAUCUUGCAACGAAAAAUCAUAGCCCAAAAAGAUAA